GUCACGUGGUACCAUAUCGGUCACCUCUAUAUUCUUUUAUCAUUGGAGAAAACCUAAUUCUCCCUACGAUCUAUUUCGAUUUCAUUCAGAUCUGAAUUCCGAAUGUCAAACUUCAUACUGCCAACUUCAUAAAAAAUAGUUUGUCUUUAAUCUCCGUUUGGUUGGCAUUUGGCAAAGUAUUGUAAUUCUGAUUGUAAUGUCGUCGUCGUGUAUCGAGUGUCUUCGUCUUUUAUAAAGUUUUAUCGAGAUAUUACCGAACUUUCUGGUUAACGUGAUAAACUCAAAUAGCUUAUGUAUUUAAAAGUGACAUUUCGUGAAAUUUGUUUAGUGUUGGACUUGGACAAGUAUUUGUGAUUAUAAGUUUCUAAUUUAAGUCAUCCCUUCUGGGAUACUUUGGCAAAAUGAUGACCGAAAAUAGAAUUAGUUCAAGUAAUCACGUCGGAAAUAGUAUGAGCAAUCAAAAUAAAGGAGAUGUCGAUAAAAGCAUCGACGACAUCGGUUGGAAAGCAAAAUUAAAGAUACCCCCAAAAGACAGAAGAAUAAAGACUAGUGAUGUGACAGACACACGUGGUAAUGAGUUUGAAGAGUUUUGCCUAAAACGAGAGUUGCUAAUGGGUAUAUUUGAAAAGGGUUGGGAAAAACCUUCUCCCAUUCAAGAGGCUUCUAUUCCCAUUGCACUAAGUGGCAAAGAUAUCCUCGCGAGAGCUAAAAAUGGAACAGGAAAAACUGGCGCUUACUGUAUUCCAGUUUUAGAACAGGUGGAUCCAAAAAAAGAUGCUAUUCAAGCUUUAAUUGUGGUACCAACUAGGGAAUUAGCACUCCAAACAUCACAAAUAUGUAUUGAACUGGCGAAGCAUACAGACAUUCGGGUUAUGGUAACUACUGGAGGAACUAAUCUCCGAGAUGACAUAAUGCGUAUUUAUCAAAAUGUUCAAGUUAUAAUUGCUACGCCAGGUCGUAUGAUUGAUCUCAUGGAUAAACAAGUGGCGAAAAUGGAUCAGUGCCGAAUGCUGGUUCUCGACGAGGCAGACAAACUACUUUCUCAAGACUUCAAAGGCAUGUUGGACAUGGUUAUAUCAAGAUUACCGAAAGAACGCCAGAUCUUGCUCUUUUCUGCCACAUUCCCAUUGAGUGUUAAACAGUUUAUGGAGAAGCACUUAAGGGAACCCUACGAAAUAAAUCUUAUGGAAGAACUUACACUUAAGGGUGUCACACAAUACUAUGCAUUUGUACAAGAGAGACAAAAAGUACAUUGUUUAAAUACCCUUUUUUCAAAGUUGCAAAUAAACCAGUCCAUAAUAUUCUGUAAUUCCACUCAACGGGUGGAGUUGCUAGCUAAGAAGAUAACGGAAUUGGGUUAUUGCUGCUAUUACAUACACGCGCGUAUGGCGCAGGCACACCGUAACCGCGUAUUCCACGACUUCCGCGCGGGGCUUUGUCGCAACUUAGUGUGUUCCGAUCUGUUCACCAGGGGAAUUGACGUGCAAGCCGUUAAUGUUGUCAUCAACUUCGAUUUCCCGCGCAUGGCAGAGACAUAUCUUCACCGCAUCGGUCGCUCAGGUCGGUUCGGUCACCUGGGUAUUGCCAUCAACCUAAUCACUUAUGACGAUCGCUUUGCCCUGCACCGUAUCGAGCAGGAAUUGGGCACGGAGAUCAAGCCGAUCCCGAAGGUGAUCGACCCGGCGCUGUACGUGGCGCGGCCCGAGGACGACGACUCGGCCGACAAGUAACGCCAUGCGACAACCACGCGCUCGCGUUUUACGCACGCAACUACUAUCUGGACUUGCUGACUUGUGAAUGGAAAUAGUUUAAAGCUACAAAAACAAAAAACUUAUUUGUAAAAAGUGUAAUGAAUUUAUUGUAACAAAAUGUGCGUGUACAUAGUUUAUCGUGAAAAGACUUUAACCCGCAAUGGGUUACUUUUUUUAAAGUGUAUAUAAAAACGAACAUCAGGACUUACAGUAGGUACAUCUCGCUCUUUGUCCAUAUUGGAUAUUGGGCGUGAAUUACUUCAUUGUUGAAACCUAAAAUAUUUAUCGGAAUAUUAACUGUAUGAGUCUACCUAGAUUUGUCAUUGAACGUACAUAAAUUGUGGUAGAGUCUACAGAUAUCAAUGUGAAUGCCUACCCAUAGAAUUAUAUUUGAGCUAGCACUGAUUUAAUUUUGCUAUAAAAAAAAUACUUUGUCUGAUAUGGGUAGGUAGAUAGACUAGCUCAAAUAUCAAGUAUUGUCUCGGAAUAUUUCAAAAAUCAGCAUUAGAGCGACGUUAUUUCUGGCUGCUUGAAAUAAUGUCUGGUCAGAUCAAGCCGUUGUCAGUAAGGUCAGAGCGACAUUAAUUCACUUUGAACAAAUCCAAAUCAGUAAAAAAUAUCUUGGUACGGCAGUUGAUCCAUGAUCAUAAUAUUUUGAUCACUGUGGAUAUGUUACAUUGACCUGGCUGAACUGUAUUUGUUAUCAUACACAUUAUCCUUUUUUUGCAAGCAGUAUUAGUCACAGUUUUAGGCAAGUGUGCUUUACCUGCUGGAUAUAAAGGUUUUGGUGGGCAAAGUUCGUGAGGUAUAAAUAAAACAUAUUUUAUAGUUGAUUUUUCAUUUGCACACGAGUAUUUUCUAGAAAUUACCAACAAUAAAACAGCUCGGAUUUGCCUUCCUUGCCUUAUUGGGAAAGUAAUUAUUAUUUUGAAACUUCUCAGGAUUGAUACUGUGACUACUUAACAAGAUAGGAGAAUGGACUAUUCUUUUACGGCUUGAAGUCAUAGCACAUUCUUCUAUCUGGGGAAUUUAUUUUAGAGAGCUUUUAGUUUUUCCUUAAAAUAACAAGCUUUUGCUCUCUGGGGACAAAAACUUUUCGGGAUUUCAAGUGAAGAGUAUAAUUUGGUCAUUUUUAAAACAACGAGAUAUAUAUUGUAAACUAAAUAUUCAUAAGCUCGGAAAAUAGAUUUUAUUUCGUUUUGUUGUCUUUUUUGGCUAUCAUGAAAUGUUCAAUUUCGUCUGUAUUUUAGUUCAAUUAAGAUGACUGUGAUUUCAAUACUUUGUAUUCAUAACUCAUUAGGAAUAACUCCACGAUGGAAUUACAUUGUAUGCAGCACUAGUCUGUUGUAUACAGAAUUACGACACAUGAACUUGUGACGGAUCCAGUGAAAUUAGAUUCUUACAAAUGUAUCUGUGAUAUAAAUUUUCAUGAUGGUUGCGCAUAAUUUUUACUUAUUGAGACGGAGAUUGGAGUUGUACCUAAUUUUAUAUUGUCUUCCACCUGAGGUUAACAAGUUUUGAAAUACAAUAUAAUAUGCAGCUUUUAAAAAUAAGUUGAAAAGAACCACAAAAGGCCUUGAGAAUUUGAAAGAACUCGUUUUAAUGUCCAGGAUAUAAUUGUGUAGUUAUUGUAUAAAUAAUUUGUGCGAAAUGCGAGGCAAUCAUGUUCACUUAAAUACCAGGUGCCUUGUGCCUCGUAUGAUAUGCUAUAAAAUAAGUUGAUUAUUUGACAGAAGUAGCUAAACUAGAAUUAUUAUUUGAUAAUAUUUUUCUGCAAAUACGCAAUAAAAGAUGUUAUUUGUGACUAAAAUAGAGAGCAUAUCUAAUCGAUUUUCUAUACCAGAUUUUACAAUUAGACAAAUCAGUCCCUCGAAUUUUUUUUACAUUUAUUCAUAUUAAUUGCAGUGUCAUGGUUUUUAAAAAUCAUUUUCUUAUUUAAAUGUUGUUAACAUAUUGACCAAAAAAGAAAAUAAACUCUUCACGCCA